AUGUGCGUAAAACAACUCGUUAUAUUUGCGCCAUUGCUUGCCGUGACGUUUUCCAUCUACCCAUACUUUGAUACGCAAGAUUUCAUCUACAAUGUUCCUAAAGUUUACCGCGUCUCGAUAACAUUGGAUAAGUUAUUAAACUACUACGAGAAGAAGCCUUCCAAGGAUCCAGAGUGGUACAUCGCUUUGGGUAUUGCCAGAGGUCAAUUGGAAUACACAAUCAAUGAACUGGACAAGUCUGUACCCGAGAAAUUGAAGGAAAACUUAGUCAAUAUCACCAGGCGCAUGGACCGCAUCAAAAACAACACGGACCUUUCAAAUUUGGUAUUUCGUAGUAAGGAUUAUGAAUACGUUGCCAAAGCAAUAUUCGAAAACUUGGAGGUCCUUGCGUCUAUAAUGGAACCCAUCACUAUCGGGACCAUGGGCACGCAGAAACCGUACCGCUUCAACUUUGAACAGUACGUUCAAGAAGCAAGGAACAAGAUGCCGACGAGAAAAGCUGCAGAUGCGUGCACUAUGCAACUGCUAAUUUCGGCAAUGGAGACGCAAACGACGCAAUCUGAAGGCACAUGCGAGUUGACACCGGAAUGCAGCGCGCAGCUCAUAAAAGGGUCAGGACUGGCAUUCCAGCAGACUAGCCGUGUCCGCGCGGCAACUUUAGCUCGUCUCUUCGACUGCAUGGAAGGCACAGACCUCUCUGCUCACAUUUACAAGCUCUGCAUUCAAAUAUACAAAGAAACCAAAUCGUUAGAGGCGUGGGACCACCCCGCUGGCACAAGAACUCUUUUUAUGCAGCAAAUUUUAUACUGCGCAUCUCAAGGUUACGGAGAAUUCAUAAAACCUCGAUGGAUGAACAAGAUAAUGGCUUGGCAGGAACCCAAAGGAUGUUAUGCAGAUGAUCGACAACCUUUUCUCAGAUUGACAGGUUUCAUAGGUCCUGCCUCUGCCUCCCCACCGAAGGAGCGAGAGGAGGAGUACCGCGUGAAAAAGGCAGCUACUUCAGAAGGCGGCACCUGCAAUUCGCUGACGUCGGCGAUGGCGCUAGGAUCGCUAGUGAUUUACACCCGAGCGCUGCUGGAGACUGACCAGGCGUUUCAAUAUGACGUUCUCGACUAGUUUUAUAUUAACAAGCAAUUUAAUGUAGCCUUCUAAGCAAUGAA